AUACAUGUCGUGGUUUCAGUAGUAAAUGGAAAUGGCGGACACAGAAGUGUCAAGGCACCUGAAACUCUUAAGAUGCUUGCUCACAGAACACGGCGACGAAAAAUUUUUAGUAAAGAACAAUGAACGAAAACUAGAUGUUAUUCUAAAAAUGAAACUUGAGAACCUGAGGAAAUGCGAACCUUCAGAAUAUACAGAUCUGCGUGAGGUUGUAAGUGACCUUAUCAUGAAAGAUUUCGAAAUGGUUCAAUGCAGUCAGGGCAAUUGCGAUCAGGACAACCAGAUUGAAAAACAGCUGACGGAAAAAGUAGAUGCAUAUACUCAAGAUUUUAGAAAAUUUUUCACAAUAGCCUGUUUGCAAAUUCUGGUCCAGAUACAUGAAGCAGUCACUAAAACUUUGAGUAUCUUAGGCGAGUCAAAUCACAACAAUGCUCCUUUGAUUGUUCUUGGAGCAAAUGAUAAAAAACUAAUUAUGACUGCAUGUCAGCUGGUUGCCUGUUUUGGUGUCUAUGCCAAUUUAAAGCCAGGUGUGUGCGCACCAUCUUCUGAAAGGAGUCAAUAUUGGGUAUUGCUUGAAGAGGGAAAACAAAAUGACACUAUUGAUGAAGCAUUUCUGUUGAUAUGUAUUAAAGGUAUGUGCCAGUUGAUUAGGAAUGCAGAGUUUGGACAGCUUAUUAUAGGUAAAUCUCUUGUAGAGAUCUUUGGGGCUUUGAUACAAAUUGGCUUCAAAGUAAAGCCACAGAGCCAACAGGAUCCAAACUUCUGUAGAAAGGACAUUGCUGACAAGAAGGGUCUGAAAAGCUUUCUUAAUGUGUGCAAACACCAAAGGGACUGGUGCAAGUCCAUGCUAAGAGAUUUGCUAGAUUCAGUUUAUCAGCCCCUUGCUGUUAGAAAUUUGUUGAUACUUCAAGGGUUUAGAAAAUCUCACCACCCAAAUCCAAACAGUCCUUCAACACCAAAGUGGCUACAGAAAAUCUGCUCAAAAUUGUUGUCUCAAAAAUUAAUGGAAGACAAUGGUUUGCAAGUCAUGUUGCAUGCUCUUUUUGAUGAGGACAACAUUGAUGAGAAAGCAACAAGGCUUAUUGAUUCGAUUGGAUACUUAGUUUCAAGUUGCCCAUAUCAAGCAUGCUCUUUAGAAGAAUAUUACAGAAAAAUGUCUUCACAGUUGCUCCAAGUAAUUGAUAUGGAAGGAAUAGACGAAAAAUUAAAUGCUCUAUACAGUCAAGUUGCUGUUAGCUGUGUGUCGUGGAUGCUAAAGAAAGAUGCCCAACUAGCAACAAAAUUCAUUUUCAUGCCAAUAAUGAAACCUCUGUACAAAAUGUCUCAACGAGAUGAAGAAAUGUUACGGGAAGAGGUAGUUGUAAGUGAAAAUGAGCUGACUGCGGCCAUCAGAAAAAUACACAAGAAUUUGGCCUACAGUAAAGGGUCUGAGAAAGCCUUUCUAGAGAUAGUUUCGAAUGUGUCGCAGCCAUUGUUUGAAUUUUACUGCUUUCUCACAAACAGAAUCUCUUAUUUAAGAUCACAACUUGAAGAAAUUCUCAUUUGGUUACUACGACACUCAGAAGCCAUGGCUGCCAAUGAAAUGAUCUUUCUUUUUCUUCUCGGGGAGAUGUCUGCCCUUAAGCAGGAGAAAAUAACUAUGAACCCUGCAUUAAAAUUCAGCCUAGACUCGAGCGGGUGCCCCUGUGUCGUAUCAACGCCGACCGCAAGUGCAAGCUAUUUUGAGUUGGCAGACACUCGCACCACAGAGCAACGGAUUGUUUCCCUUCUUGCACUUCUCAAUUGCUUUAAGGAUUCAACACUUGCAGGGAAUUUGUUCGCCUUCUUGUUGGAAAAGCUCAGUUGUCUUUUGAGAAGAAAGGAAUCCUCUAUUGAAAAUAAUGGUAACGAAAUGUCUGAAUGUUGA